AUAACCGACUUCUUCUUUGUCAUUCAUCAUCAAUGUACGCCCCCUUCCCCUUCAUCUCUUCUUCCUGGCCUAUGUUACAAAAGUUUAAAACCCCUUUUCCCUAACUUCUUUCUAAUUUUCUGUUACUUUUUUCCCGGGAAAUUUUAUCUCUCUCUCUUUGUCUUUUUUUUUUUUUUUUUUUGAACUUUAAUCUCUCUCUUUGUCAUGAUCAUUACUUGUUAGGUUUCGUUGGGGCCGACCUCGUUUUUUUCUUCUUUUUUUUCCUCUCCUUCUUCUCUUAGUAAACCCUAAAAUAUCCUCUUUCAAUUCCAUAUGUUCUGUCUCUUCUUCCUCUUUUACUAAAGGUUUAAUCAUUCAAAACUAUGUCUAGGUUUUACUGUGUCAACUUUUAGUAGCAUCACUCAGAAAAACAAAGUUGCUGUUUCUUAAGCUCGAAUCAUGGCGUAUCAUUCGAUGCCUAGGUCUGGUUUACAGUACUUGUAUUCUCCUUUUGGUGAUACAACCUACACCAAGGUCUUCGUUGGUGGCCUUGCUUGGGAGACUCAAAGCGAGACUCUUCGGUGCCAUUUCGAACCUUAUGGUGAAAUCCUCGAAGCGGUCGUUAUUUACGAUAAGAACACUGCUCGAUCCAAAGGUUACGGCUUUGUGAUAUUCCGAGAUCCAGAGGCUGCUAGGAGAGCUUGCGUUGACCCAACACCUAUUAUAGAUGGAAGAAGUGCGAAUUGUAAUCUAGCUUCCCUUGGCAGACCUCCCCUGCAAUAUGCGUUGCUACCUAAUAAUAUUCCUGGACGGAUAAGACCUGCUUCUCCAUAUGUUGGAAGUGUGUACAGUCCUUGCGUCCAUCCGUAUCAGCAACCACCGGCUUAUAGCUACCAGCAAGGAAUGAUGUAUCCUUAUGGGGUUUCACCAUAUGGACCUGAGUACAUGUACUCACAGUCUCAGGGCUUGUAUGGUCCUUACAUAGGGCAACAGAACCUUCAGGUCUAUGGAGUACCUGGGGCUGUUAACUCACCGGGCUACCAAUACGGGCAAUUGAGUCAAAACAUCCUCGUUGGUCAGGGUUAUACAGCGGUACAUGGUUAUUCAGCUCCAGAAAGUUAUAUUCAAUCUCCCUACCCUUCAGCUAUGGCAGGUCCUGCCCCUACGCAGUCCCAUAUCAUUAUCCAGACUCCUCAGUAUAUGCAGAGUAGCGGUUCUGAUCAUACAACAGGGUGAAAACUCGAUCAACUUAAUAAUUCUUGAAGAAUUUUUCAGUUAAUAAUUCUCGAAGACUGGAGAAAAGGUAAAGAAGUUAAAGGGCAGCGGCAAUGUGGCAAGCUUCCUGUUUAAGCUUUGCGCAUUAUUUAUUUUCUGCAUAUUAGAGGUAGUAAUUUAAGUAGUCCUUGCUCACUGAAGAAGUCAAAAAGGUUUGCUCCUGGAAAAGUGGAUUUUAGGGUACAGGAGAAGGGAGGUUUUAAGAUUGUUAUCUUAAACCCUCUCAUCACAUAUAUAAGAAUGGUUUCACCCCGGAAACAAGGGUUUUCGCGGUAAACUGGUAGUAAUAAAAUUGGUGUACAAAGAAAGAAAGCAUAUCAUAAAAUGGUAAAAACACAUAUAGAUGCAUAUAGAAUGGUGGAAUCAAAAUCUGAUUCUUUUGAAGUAGUCUUGUUCCUAGACACUUUCUAAGGCAUAGGACUGUUGAUAAGAAGAUUUACGUGUUAGUGUAGCUUUCUAUAUCCUCUUUGAGUCGAGUCCUCUGCAUUGUAAAUAAGAUUAAUGUCUACUGAGCUCUCGCUUACUUGUUGUCUGUGCAUAUAUUUUUAGCUCCAGGGGCUCUUCUCUUUCCAUAUCUGUACAAAACAAUUCCUAGACUGAGAAAUUGUUAUUUCAGAAAUCAUUCCUUCCUCUGUUUUCUCCUUCA